AUGCGGGACCGAGCUGGGCAGGGACUGGGGCAUUUUAACCACCCAAUAGGACUGCAGUACUCUUUUUGCCUCAACGGUGAAAAGAGCAAAAGUCAGAGCCCUCUGCUGCUCAACCCACCAGACAUCAAAGUCCAGCUGCUGCUCUGGUCACCCAGCCAGUUCGCUAGGCAGUCAUUUGAGCCGGGCAAGAGUGGGGUUCACUUGGCAGCCAGCACUCUGAGGCGGGGGGGCGGGUCAGAGAAGGAGCCGGACGGCGACCCCCACGGCCUCCAGAGCUCUGUGUAUGGGAGCCGGCGGGUCACAGACCCCAGACUCCAGGACCUGGGCCAUGCAGAGCUGGGCCCUGAAGACCCAGAAGAAGAGCUUCCCCCCGAGGAGGAGCUCCUGGAGACCCUGGACCCCAAAGACUCCCUUUCUGAAUUGGAGAGAGUUCUGGACCAGGACGCAGAGGAGGACAUUCCUGAGAUGAGGCAGCUGUCCAUCAGCCAGAAGAUCCCUGGCACCGCCGUGGCCAGAGCGAGGAAGAAGAGGAGGUGGCGGAGGCCCAGUGAGCUGGUAGAGCCCAGGAGAAACUGGCAAGUCCUGAAAGACAGGCCAUCUGUGUACUGGACCGAGCGGUUCCUGGAGGACACCAGCCUCACCAUCACAGUGCCCGAGGUGUCCCAGCGAAUGGAGGAGCUGUCUUGGCCCUGGAGAUUCUACCUGGAAUAUUAUAACAGCAACAGGACGACUCCUGUCUGGCCCAUUCCUCGGUCCUCCCUGGAAUACCGAACGUCGCCUCGCCUGAAGGAACUGGCUGCCCAGAAGAUUCGGAACAACAUCUGGAGCAUGAACAUGUUUGAGGUGUCCUGGGUAUCCAGGGCGGCCCAAAUGGCAGUCCCCAGCUCCCGGAUCCUCCAGCUGUCAAAGCCGAAGGCCCCAGCCACCCUGCUGGAAGAGUGGGACCCCAUGCCGAAACCCAAGCCACGUGUGUCAGACUAUAACCGCUUCCUUCACUUGGCCAUGCCCAAAGCUCAGCCGGACAAGUUCGUUCCUGACCAAGAUCCUCGCUGGGCGGUGCUGGAUGUCACCAAGAAGGUCGUGGCCAGCCCCCGGAUCAUCUCCCUGGCCAGGCCCAAAGGGCACAAGGGUCUCAAUGAGGGCUACGACCCCUAUUACAUCUCCCCGGCUGCGCUGGUGGCCCAGGUGUCCCCUCACCUCUAUGAGCUCGCCAUCACCAGAAAAGUAUGAGCCCCCUAGGCCCAGCUUCUAAGACAUCGGCUCACCAGUAAACACCCUCAGGCAUCCUAACCCUGUGUACGUGAUUGUUCUGAGUCUUUUGGCCUGGAGAAGGGAGGGCAGGCUGGAAGGCCAAAAGAAGGAUGAGGAGGACAAUAAUAUUUAUUUUUGCAUCCAAAAAAAAAAAGUCUAGCAGCCUCCAUAAUCAUUAUGCUUAUGUGUUUAACACAUCCUUCAUGCCAACAACUGACAAUUUACUUGUUUUUUGACAUAGGGUCUUGCUCUGUCAUCCAUGAUGGAAUGCAGUGGCGCGAUCUCAGCUCACUGCAACCUCAGCUUCCCAGGUUCAAGCCAUCCUCACACUUCAACCUCUUGAGUAUCGGGGACUACAGACACAUGCCACCACAGUUAGCUAAUUUAACUUUUUAAAAAAUAGAGACAAGGUCUCACUGUAUUGCCCAGGUUGGUCUCACACUCUUGAACUCACGUGACCCUCCCACCUUGGCCCUCCCAAAGUGAUGGGAUUACAGGCAUAGCCACCAUGCCUGGCUGAGAACUUUAUACUCUUAAUCUUUGUAAGAGUAGUGCAUACUCUUAAUGCUUCUACACUGCAGUGUAGGUGGUAUAUUAUCUCCAUUUCUAGAUGACAAAACCGGGGCACAGAGAAGCUAAGAAGCUUGUCCAAAGCUGCACAGCAAAUAAGCAGGAACCACAACCCGAAUGCCUACCAUACUUGCACUCUCCCUCUACAUCAGCGGCCUCACAGGUGAGACGGGGCCCAUCUGGGGCAGGCAAAUGAUGAGGCUUCAAGAUGCUUCCAAGCAAAAAAGCAGAGUAUAAAAUUGCACACAUGCUGGUCACCACACCCCAUUACAAAGUGUGUGCACGGGAUCACAUGGGGUGGGAUCUGGUAGUCGGUGCUCUGUGUCUCAGAGAGAGGCAGGGCCUGGGAGCUUCAGUCAGUGCCUGGUCCCCUUGGCUGAAUUCUUCCUUGUAAGGAUAGCUAAGGGUUAAGGUGAAUAGAAACCAGGUGGGCACAGGUGUGGUGGCUCCGCCUUGCCUUGGACCUGGAGGCAGUGGUGGUGGUCCUCCCUCACUUUCCCCAGGUGCAGGAGCCACCUGGUCAGAUAACCUCUCCACCCCACUGCAUUCCAGACAAGCUUUUGCCUCGGGCAACUAUCCAAGCAAACCAGAGACCACUGCUCUGAGUACUGACCGUUUUUGAAGUGAAGACUUGCAGGAGAGAGACUAUAGAGUAGUGUGAACAGAUUCUCCCCCAUCAUAGAGGCCAAGGCCAAGGAGCUGGUCUGCAAUGGCCUAUAAAAGGCCCUUUGCGAUCCAGCCCCUUCCCAGCUGAGCAGCUCACUACCCACCUUUCAUUUCAUGCUACAGCCACACUCAGCUCAGUGUGCUGUACUGCUGAGCCUCGGCCCAGGCUGGACCUUCUGCCCUGAGCACCGUCUCAUUCUUCAGCUCUACCAUGUGCAUCUGUGGUUCUCAGGUGCCUAGAACCCAGUCCCUGGCUUUCAGAUGGUGCAGUCUCCCUUAAAUGCACAUGCCUUGGACUUCCAUUAAAACAAACACUUGGGGAGAAUCCUAUCCUUAAUAACUCUGUCCAGAGGGCAAAGUGGGAGGUGAGGGAGGAUCCCGAGGCACUGAAAAGUGAGGUGGGAUGGCCCAGGGACACGCUGCAUACUUUAUCCUAGGAGGAGCCAGGCUGGCCCAUGGAGCCCUCGGCAGGCUUGCUCUAGUGUUCUCCUAAUAAGCACUCCUGUACUCUCACACCACCACACCCUUGUACGUGCUGUGCCCUUUACCUAGAAUGCCCUUCUUUGCCUGGGAAACUUCAGCAUAUUCUUCUAAGCCCAGCUCAACGUCACCUCCUCUGUGAAGCUCCCAGAGGCAGAAUCAGUGGCUCCUUCCUCUGCAAAAGUGCUAUUCCCAUAGCACUUUGACCUCAUAAUUACGCGUGAAUCCCUCCUCUAAGAAGAGAGCUCUUUCGGGGCAAGGGAUGUGGCCAGUUCACCUUUGCAUCUCUAGCACCCAUCCCAGAACUGGCCUGGAAAUGCCUCUGAAUGAAUGGAUUAAUGAGCUUCCUUUUGCUAAGAUCCCAAGAUACCUAUUUUCCCACCUCCUGCUGGGCCUUCCCUCUCCAGUCCCAAGAGGAGCAAACGGAGCCUUUUGUCUUCACACCACAUUGGUAUUGACCAGAGUUGGGUUUUAAUGGUGCUUUGACAAAAGGCAGCUCCCACAUUCAUUUUCCUUGGCUAAUUACAUUUCCCAACUGAAAUGCUUAUCUCUGGGCUGGUGUUAAAGACAUAAUCAGUUUCCAGAAUGGAUUCAAAAGAGGUGAGAGCAAGAAAAUAAUUAAGCCAACUUCUGAUUGAAUCAAAUAAUUAAGCAGAUUUAAUCGGCUGCCUGUGAUCUACAUCCCUAGCCUGGGCCUGGGGAGUGUUCUGCUCUGUCAGAGAGAUCAUGUCUGAUUAUUUUAGAGAUGGGCAGCAUUUCUUCCCAGUAGCAAGUAAAGGAUUGAUUCUUUUAACUGAAUGCAAAUCAGGGUGGCAGAACCCCAGGUUCCUUGUUUAGGCAAAAUAUUCUGGGUUUGCAGAAAAAUAAUAGAGGCUGGGGGUGCUCUGUUCUUUAGCCAUGUCUAGGCACUCAUGGUAGAGUUUGCACCAAUGGUCCCCAUUCCUUACCCCUUCCUGCAUUCAGGUCCUUUGCCACUGAGUGGGAUGUCUCUCCCCAUCCUCCUCCUCUGGGCUUAGCCACAUGUGGCCAACUUCAGCCAAUGAGAGCUAAUGUGACAGACGCAGAGGCUUGAAAAGGUACUUGCAUGUUUCCACUUGCUUUCUUGUCCUUUUGUCACCAUGGGAACACAAUCAAACUAGAGCUGAGACGCAGAGAUGCAUGGAGCAGAGCUGAGUUGGCCUCAGUUGUCCCAGCCAAGGAUCUCUUAGAUCAGCUGACAGUCAGCUGUCCCCAGGCACAAGGGUGAGCCCAGUCAAGAUCUGAAGUCGUAAACCAGGCACGGUGGCUCACGCCUGUAAUCCCAGCACUUUGGGAGGUUGAGGAGGGCAGAUCAUGAGGUCAAGAGAUUGAGACCAUCCUGGCCAACAUGGUGAAACCUUGUCUCUACU